AUGGCAGCAGAUUCAAGCAGGCACAUUAAGACUUUCGGGUUCGUCGGACUUGGCUUGAUGGGCAAACCAAUGUCCGUCAACCUGGCCUCGAAGCUUGAAGACGACCAACACUUGUUCGUGUUCGAUCUGGUCGAGUCUGCCGUAUUGGAAGUAUGCGAGUCCGCACCAGACCGUGUGUCAGCUUGUCAGUCGGCGCAAGAUGUCGCCAACAAGGCGAACAUCUGCUCGACACGAUUGGACGGCAAGACCUUGAUAGACUGCUCGACCAUCGAUGCAGCCACAACUCUUUCAAUUAAAGAUCAUCUCAAGCAGCACUUCACUCAAACAAGUUUCUACGAUGCACCUGUCAGUGGAGGAGUCUUGGGAGCCAUCAAAGCUACGAUCGCCUUCUUUCUGGGAUGCCACGAAAGCGAUCCAAAUCUCUCGACGUUGAAAGCAAUACUGGGGACAAUGGGCAAAGAAAUAAUCCCGUGUGGAGGACCUUCGUUGGGUAUAGUGUCCAAGCUCUGUAACAACUACCUUUCCGGCACAAUCACAAUCGCGUGCUCCGAGGCUUUCGACAUGGGCAUACGCGCUGGUGUCGAUCCCAAAGUUCUGUACCAAGUAUUCAGCGCGGGCACGGGUCAGAACACGAUAUCUGAUAAAUGGUGUCCUGUGCCUGGUAUUGUUCUGGAGGCUCCUUCUUCCAAAGGCUACAAGGGUGGAUUCAAGAUUCAGUUGAUGCUCAAGGACUACAGCCUUGCGACGAGCAUGGCGGAGAGUCUGGGGUCGAAGCCAGUGCUUGGGAAAGCAGGUCUCGAGGCGUGGAAGGACGCCAGCGCAGAUUCAAGAUUCUACGAUCUGGACUCGAGAGUGGUGUAUCAAUACGUCAAGGCUAGAGGAGAUGCCGAGUAG